UUUCAGGGUUCGGAAUGUCGCUGUUCAUGCUCUCAAGGACAGCCUUUGUGACCUCGACAGUCGAUGACGAUCAUAGAGGCCGGAUCAUGUCUAUCCUUGGGUUUAUCCGUCGACUUAUGGCCCUCUUUGCACCCAUUGUUGCUGGGUUUAUCGCGCAUUACACCAUGUCGUCCAACGUGUUCUUUCUGCAGAUAAUUCUGUGUGUUGUGUACGGGCUCUGGGCGUUCUAUUACAUACCCGUGGGCGUGGGCAAGAACGCUACCCUGCACCGUAGGGGAAGCACUGGGAGUGUCGACGCGGAUUCGGCGCUGGGCCUAGGCGAGUACAGUUCGAUACUGGAGGAUGGGGACGCCAUUAUCGGCGGCGACGGACACGAGGCUGCGAUCAGUCACGCGCUCAUUACCAACGACGGGCAGAUACACACCAAUGAGACGUUCUAUAGCGGUGCCGGGGAGAAGCGCGAUUGGUGCGGUCAGUGUGAGUGCGUGGCCAAAUUGUUCGGACCGGUAAUCCGUCAGGUGAGAAAAUACGCGAUCACGGUGGGGCUGUACUGGAAGCAUCUGCUCCUGGUCGGCACCUACUGCCAGGUCAUGAACACGGUACGGCAAUCCCGGGUGUUACUCAUACCUCUGCAGGCCACUGGUAUGGGACUGUCGGACUUGACGGUGUCCGUGAUAGUGGGUAUUGGGUGGGGCAUGGACGCGCUGUUUGCGCCUGUGUCGGGGUACAUGAUGGAUCGCCACGGCAGGCUGUUCUGUGGGUGUCUGACGGGGCUGGUCAUGGCGGCGUCUUUCUUCAUACUCGCGGGGGUGAGUAUUAUGUACCCUCCCAUGGAAGGUGCAAGCCUUGCGGCUGAGCUCGAAGGUACCGCACCACUCAGCGCAGGUAUGUCGAACUCGACUACGAGUGGCACCGACGAGACACUGACUGCGGGCAGCCACACAUCCACUGAGGCGGUUGCGGCUAUUCUGAUUGCAUCUAUGGCCAUGGGGAUCUCUAACGGUGCGAGCGGGGGUCUUAUCCUCACACUGUCGAGUGAUAUCGCGCAACUACAUCCGAGACGCAGGGGAGAGUUUCUGGCACUGUUUAUGGUCAUUGUUGAUACUGGUUUUAUCUUCGGCCCGUAUGUCGCCGGUGCCAUUGCCAACGCCGUCGGAAUCGCGUGGUCUAGCGCUGCUGUGGGGGUCCUGUCCAUCGCCAGCUCACUCUGGAUGCUGCUACUGAUACCUGAGACAAAGGGUAUGGGAGCGCGCUACCGGCAGUUCCUGGAAGACCGCGCCAACGAGGCAGACCUGAUGCGGGACACGCCUGUGGGCACCGAGUACGAUGAACCGGAGAACACCAAGACAGAGGAGAGUGGGCCGAGGUCGCUGCAGGGUGGUCCGAAUUCAUGACACACAACUGGUAGCGUUGCCUAGAGGGGGUAGGGUACGGCGGUGUUUGAUACUUGGUUGAUAGAAUCUGGAGAAGGUGGGGUCGCCAGAGAAUACGCCUGCGGAUAUGGGCGGGAAUCCUGAGAUUCGCAUCGCUCGCUUUCGUGGAUAGUGCAGUCAAUCAGUACUUUCUUCGUCUUUGAGGCUCACGGGGUCUGCAAAUGGGUCUUUUUGUCCGGCACACAUCGGUGAAGUCUUCCAGCAUAGCAGUGCCAGAGCGCACUCGCAUGGGGCACGAACAAGCAGUUGUUUGUGCAAAAUAUUAGCAUAUAUUAGUUCGAACUUAUAGAGGUGGUGUCAGCAUACUAUUGUGAUCGUCUGGGUCAUAACGUCUGCAUGCGGUGAUGAUCAUCCCGCACACACUGGAUACGACCUUGUCACAUACAGUGCCAGAGAGCACUUUCAUGAUCGUCAUCGAAUGAGAUGUACAAAGCUCGUCGAUAUAACCUGUCAUAGUUCAAGUCAGUACAAUACAACUAGAGAUGGGACGCAUGCUAAUUUAAUCUUAGGGCUGGUGGGCCGUCAGCCGGUUGCUGCUGUUUGUUAUACUCAAUCAGCUGUGUGUGGAUACAUUGGGCACAUGCUAGUCUGUACGUGCGACAAGUGUGAUAUUAUUUCAGGGGCUUUUAGACUGAUGAGGGCCGCUUUUAAUGACGAGAUUGCCGCAAAUUCAUUGGCAUGUGUUGGUCUGUGUCAGAGAUGAUGUACUAUUUCACAUGUUGUAUGCGCUCGCGUGUCUUACGAUGAAAGUAUACCAAAAACCUUUGAAUUAAGGGGAGGUCUAGAAGUGCCAACGUAGGGUGUCAGUGAACACUCGCGUGAGACAAACACUCCAUCUCUAGUUUUCCGUGCAAACACGCAGCGUACGCAGACGGGAAGUGAUGGGCACCACACUGCACUUGGGGCCGGGAGAAAUGCAUAGGACUGCAUUCACCCUGAUGCGGUCGACGAAUUGUUGGUAGGACACUGGCUUCAUGUUUACAGAGUCGGCUGCUACAAGCGCGCGUGUGUGUAUAUGGCAAUGCAGGCGCAUUCACUGGAAUAUUUACAUAAGUUUGAUAGUUGGGUAGUGACCACGUGUCCGCAAUAGCGAGAGCUAUCGUGUGAGGAAUCUAUUGACAUACAUAUACGCGCAACGGUCGUAUACGGACACUUUUUAGAGUACUUAGCAAUGAAAAAUGGACGCUCAUGUCUUACCGUUGCCAUUGGCUACCUUUCCCAUGCUGUAGCGCUGAUUACAUCGCAGAAUGAGUUGUCUGUGGAGUCACUGAUCUAUGAGAACCGUUUAGCCUCUUAGCCUGUUGACGUCCUUGAUAUUCCACUCUACUGUCAAAAGUGCAGGCUUGAGAAAACUUGUGUUUUUUUUCGAAUAAACGCCAACACCACUGUAGUAGGUUUAUCCUAUCAUCAAGUCCUCAACAAUACUACCAUGUAUAACACCCUGGAUACAUAGGAGAGAGAUGACCUACAACGACUGGUAGUAAACUGAGACCGCUUAAGCGCACACCGUGAGUCUGUACACGCACGAUUUGUCAUCCAUAGUAUAUGCCUUACAAUUGAUCCUGACCAUUAGAGAAUGUGCUACCAGAGCGCGGUUGCCUAAACGUCAGAGUACAUCGUAGUAGAUGCC